AACAACGACUUUGUCGCCGCAAAGUAACUCGUGUUGUCUUCCGGUGUUUCUCCUGCGCGUGCGAAGUUCGGCAACGUGAGCCGUUUACGGGAACGCAAAGAAAUACACGACAAUGACGCAGUCCGACGGUAUCAUAAAACCAAAGACCAAGCGCUCCAAGCGCUUCCUCCAGAGUCGAGCACCCAAAUUGACCGAGAAUGGAAAGAGUGCCAUGAUCAUGAAAGGGGGGAAUGCCAAUCAAACUGUGAGCCAGGCCCUCAAAGACAUAUAUUCCCUGAAAAAGCCCAAUGCAGUUCUGUACAAAAAGAAGAACAUCACAAGGCCCUUUGAGGACUCAACAUCACUGGAAUUUUUCUCCAAGAAAACAGACUGUUCUCUGUUUCUAUUUGGUUCCCACAACAAGAAACGACCCAACAACCUCAUAUUUGGCCGUCUAUUCGACUUCCACGUGUUGGAUAUGAUUGAACUGGGAAUCGAGAAGUAUGUCUCCCUGAGUGAGAUUAAGAUGACUAAAUGUCCCGAGGGCACCAAACCGAUGCUUGUGUUUGCCGGCGAGGCUUUCGAUAUGGACAACGAGUACAAACGUCUCAAGAGUCUGCUCAUCGACUUCUUUCGGGGUCCUUCUGUGCCGGCGGUGCGAUUGGCGGGCUUGGAACACGUUCUGCACUUCACUGCCGUGAAUGGGAAAAUAUUCAUGCGCAGUUACAGGUGCUUGUUGAAAAAGUCGGGCUGCAGAACGCCGCGCAUCGAGCUGGAGGAGAUCGGGCCGUCGUUUGACUUUGUCUUAAGAAGAACGCACCUUGCCUCAGACGACUUGUACAAGUUGUCUCACAAGCAGCCCAAGGCGCUAAAGCCCAAGAAGAAAAAGAAUGUUUCCCACGAUGCUUUUGGCACCAAAUUUGGCCGGGUGCACAUGCAGAAGCAGGACCUUUCCAAACUUCAGACACGGAAGAUGAAGGGUCUGCGCAAGAGGAAGCGGGAGGUGCCUGAUGAUGCGCAAUCUCCCAAAGUGGCAAAAGUGGACAGUUGAGGUCUGACACGGGCCGCUGGGCACUCAAGUCUUUGCCUCCGCACUAUUGUGCCGUUUUCUUCAUCUGCAUGGUCACCUUGACCCCCCCACCCCCUGUCACUCUUCACUGCCUCCACCCCAGUUGUAGGAGAGUCUGUGUAGAAAUCUGUUUAACUUCAAGCUUUUUGAGUUUUUUUAUUGUCAGAUUGUGAUUAAACUUCAUGCCUUGUCCUAAAUAAAAUUGCAUGCCACAUG